UACAUAGUUAUGGUGUUUGUUAAAAUGUUCUCAGUCCGAUGGUCGGCGAAUGUUUGUGUGUUAUUAAUAAUCAGCUCGAUGAGCUUCAUUGCUGCAAGUGAUGUCAGACAAGUCAGAGCUCUGCCAAGCUUCGCAAGCUUCAGGGAUAGAAGAUUCCUCCCAAUCUUCACCGUCUAUCAAUGGGGCCAGGGUUUGUGUUCAGCGUCGUCCGGAGAAUUCGGAUCCUGCCAACCAAACAAUGAGUGCGUCUUGAGAGGCGGCAUUCCAGCAGGACCUUGUGCCGGUGGUUAUGGAACGUGCUGUAUUUUAAUGGCUUCCUGCGGAGGCGUUGCUCGAGACAACGGCACCUAUUUUGUUAACCCGAAUCACCCUGAUACAACCGAUGGAACAGGAAGCUGUCAGUUAACUGUUCUCAAGAUGCAUCCCGAUAUCUGUCAAAUUCGUUUAGACUUUGAUCAGUUCUCCAUAAAUGGACCCGAAAUUGUGAAUCACAUCUGCAACAACGAUCAGUUUCUUGUGUCUGGAGGAAGUCCAGCACCAACAAUUUGUGGCACUUCAAAUGGCGAUCAUAUGUAUAUCGACGCUGGUUUGGGGCAAAGCAAUCCUAUCAUCCUCACUGUUAUCACUAGCGGUCCCAGCUAUCCACGGUCCUGGAGAAUCAGAAUAUCACAGAUCCCGUGUGCAGCGAUUUACAAAGCCGAUCAAGGAUGUCUUCAAUAUUUCACCGGUGUAAGCGGACGGGUUAAAAGCUUUAACUUCGAUACCACCAGUGGCCGUCAGUUGUCGAAUCAAGAUUACAGCUUGUGUAUUCGAACUGAGCGGAACUUUUGCAGCAUCCAUUACACCGCUUGUCCGGAUAUAGGGCGUAAUCGCUCCAGAACAUUUACCUUAUCGGGAAAUUCCAACAACGUCGUCGCAGCGAUGGUGGGCGGAGGAACUCAAGGAACACCCAACUCUUGCACCAACGACUGGCUGUUGAUCCCUUGCGCUAAGGUUGCGGAUCGGCUGCCAAUGGCAAGUACAUGCGAGGACAAGAUUUGUGGGGGAACGUUCAAUGCAGAGGUAAGUUCCGUGGAAAGGACGGUGGUUUCCACGAUUCGACCGUUCCGGCUUGCGUUUCACACGGAUUCUGUUGAGGCCCCAACUGAUGUUGAUAACAGUGGAUUUUGUUUGGAUUACGUCCAGCAGCCGUGUACCAGUAAUUAA